AUGCUUUGCACCUGCUACUUUUCCCCACCCACAGUGAGCUGCCAGGCCAAUAACUUCUCCUCUGUGCCACGGAUACUACCGCCCAAUGCCCAGCGCCUCUUUCUACAAAACAACCUGAUUGGGACCCUGAGACCUGGAAUGUUUGGGCCCAGCCUCAUCACCCUUUGGCUCUACUCCAACAAUAUCUCCUCCAUCCAGCCUGGCACUUUCCGCCAUCUCCAGGUUCUCGAGGAGCUGGAUCUGGGGGACAACCGCAAUUUGCGCACACUUGAACCAGAUACUUUCCGUGGACUUGAACGGCUGCAGUCUUUGCACCUUUAUCGCUGUCAGCUGAGCAGCCUCCCAAACACGAUCUUCCACAAUCUUUACAGCCUCCAAUACCUCUAUCUUCAGGAAAACAACCUGCUUUGCCUACAGGAUGACCUUUUUGUGGACUUAGCUAACCUGAGCCAUCUUUUUCUGCAUGGGAACAAAAUCUGGAAGCUCUCCGAGAAUGUCUUCCGUGGCCUGUCUGGAUUAGACCGCCUGUUGCUGCACCGGAAUCACCUGCACACAAUUCCUACGUGGGCUUUUCAUGAUUUGGGAAAGCUUACCAUUCUCUAUCUGUUCAACAAUAGCCUGACAACUCUGUCUGGAGAAACACUCUCAGAUUUGCCCUCCCUGGAGUUUCUGCGCCUCAACAACAAUCCCUGGGCCUGUGACUGCCGUGCCUACUCUCUUUGGUCCUGGUUCCAGCGCACGCAUGUCUCCAUCUCAGAUGUCAUAUGCAUCUCUCCUGUGGAACGCAAGGGGCAUGACAUGCGAUAUCUGAAUGAAGCAGUCUUUCAAGGCUGCCCUCCGACCAGCCAUCACCCUAUUGAGUUUGACUGGAGCUGUAGGAUUGAAUGGGAAAAUGGACUGGCUCACCCCCACCCCAAUGGCUCAUCAAAUCAUCUCUAUGGCCUUGGAGGAUCCCCUCCUGCUGAUCCUUCCUCCUUCUAUAGGGAUGUCCCGGCCAAUGACAUCCAGAGCCACAAGUAUGAUCCACCAACAGAAGAUAACUACUGGGGGAGUUAUGGUAAUGGAGAAGGAAGCCAACUGAAAAAGGGAUGCCUAGGAACUUCUUGUUCGUCUCCGAACGCUGGAACAGUCAGGAUUGGCUGCCGAUCCAGUCUGUUCCAGUACCAAAUUGGAGAGCCUGAGGCAAGUACAGGAUGCUGCCACUUCUUCAGUAGGAUCAGAGAGAACAAUACAGGUAGCACCAAGGGCCAACAUUGCCCCAUCAAAGAGAAGGUAGACCCUGAGCAGGAACCUCAUGGCACUGGCUCAGAACAAGCUGACAUAGUUCUGCAGUGCCAUCUACUGGACCCAUCUUUCUACCAGAUACCAUUUGACAAAUUUCCUGACAAACAAGCCAUGCCAAGCUGGCCAUUAAGGAUGUUGAUCUGCUGCAUAAAAGCUGAACAAGUUGACCUCUUGCUGCCUGUUUGGAACAACAACCUGGAACAUCUGAGCCUGUUAGUUCAUUUCUAUCACAUUGCCAAAUACUGUGACUUAGCAGGGCAUUUUCUCUACUGCCACUACUCCAAAUUAUUUGAUAAGAAAAGUAAACGUAAAGCAUUUCAACUAAGUUCCAUUCUGGUGACCAUGGAUAAAUUCAUACAAUUUUCUAGGCAACAAUGCAGUAAAUGCAUUGUUGCCAUUAUCUUCUUCUAG